AUGGCCACAGCUAGCAGGCCCCCGCAUACCUUUUCAUCUUCCUAUGUCCCUAGAUCACGACCCGCCUCUCCCGCAUUACCAUCAAUGACCAGUACCCAUCCCCGUGCAUCUACAUCAUCAUCGGAGACGACUCGCCAAGCAGUCGCUGGUCAGUCAUCUUCAUCUUCAUCUUCGACUCGACCAAAAUCUACACCUGCCAGCCCAAUCUUACACGCCCAUCAAGCUUCAAAAUCCUCACCUCUCGUCACCACGACCGCUCAAACCGCGAGAUCGUCUCCGAUUGUUCAUCCGCUACCUAUGAAACCAAACUCACCCGCCAUGACGCCUCGACUCAAUGAUCGGUCAGAGAGGAGAGGCAGUGGUUUAAAGCACGAGCUCCGGGAUGGACAGCGGUCGGAGAAGAAGAAGCCUGUGCGACCGACCGAGGACAAGGAGGCCGAUGAUUCGCAUGCCAUUCUCAAGAUCUUGUCCAGUCUCCCUGCGCCACUUCCCGAAACACUGCCUUCAACAUUCUUGCCGACCCCAAGGACAACCCCGAGUCCAACUCAGUCUUUCUCCGAUUGGGCAAAGUCCAGCAAACGAAGACGAUCGCUCUCCGAUGACAGUCUGGCUAGCUCUGCAGUCUCGUCGAGAUCUGCCGGGUCGAGCGGGUCUACAUCCCGAACGGGUGUCGGACUAGGCUUGGGCUUGUCCUUGGUGUCCGAGGACGGGUCAGCGUCCAGCAAGAAGCGUCGGCUGUCGUCUCAGAGCUCGGCGACCGCUAAAACGACUCGUAAAUCCGAAUGGUCAGAAGAGAAUAGUAUGGCCACCUGGACCAAGGAGAAAUGGACCGAGAUGGGGAAAAGAUAUCGUGACCGAGCGAUCUCACUCAAACGACUUGGAGACGCAUAUCUCCGGUACGCAGGCGCCAAACCCGAAUAUCUUGCGCGAGCGCGUGAACAAGACCCUCUUCGAGGUCUGUUGUGCCUCACCGACUCUAUCCUCAUGUGGCUAUUCGCCUAUUGGUGCGAGGAGCAAAUUUUUGGCAGAACACGACCGCUCGAGUACCAGGAGUCCAAACCGUUGCGUGAUCAUGUCAGAGCAGCGUGGGAGGGAAGAAUGAGGCGAAGCGAGACAGAGGUGGAGAAGGAAGCUGCGAAAGGCAUGGUCGGGUUGAUGUACCUUAUCGAGGCUGUCAUCUCCUACCAUACCUCGUCUGAUCAUCUCUCUCAACUUUCUCGCAAAGGUCGACAACUCGAUCCCGCCGCUGUGGCUCCGCCGACCCCAACUCAGUCCCACAGUGGGAAUAGUACGAGCUCGAGUGGCGCUGCAGACUCCAAACCGACCGAUCCAUCUCCACCCGCCAUUGCAGCCUCUCCAGCUCUCUCAGGUCAUUCUGCUGAAUCUCAAGCAUCUCACACUUCCAGCAAUCCUUUGAACGAUCUCCUGCCUCUCAUCGCGAGCAGUACGUCCUCUUCUUCGUCUGCUCAACAUCACCUUCUCAACUCCCGGCAUCAUCUCUCCCUCGGUCUUCUCCGGACCCGAUUCCCCCAAUCGUUUGAGUUGGCCACUCAUUCCGAACUGGCCGAUCAGGCGCUCCCCGCUCCAGGCGACACGCUCGGGUCCGCCAAACGACUCGAUAUUGAUAACCCAGACGUGUUUGCCUGGCCAAUCGAACUGGGCAUGCACGCCCCCGUGGCGCACACUGCAGUGUUCGGUAGAUGCCUCGUCAAUGAGUACGGAGAGGCGAGAGGCGGAUGGAAUGUAAGGGAGACUGCGUGA